AAGGUAAAUACUGUAUGUGUGUAAAAAAAUCUUGUCAGAUAGAAACAUGACUUUUGAACAUUUCUCAUGAGCUGCAUUAACAAUUGCAUCUCUUGCAUCAGCAGUGUUGAACUUUACUCUGAACAGGAAGAUCAUACUUCCUCAUUUCCUGUUUGAUGCAUAGUGUGCCCUUCAACAAAUGAAGCCUCAUGCCUUUAAAUGCAAUCGUAUUUUAAUAGUACUGCAAGUUUCAAGAUGAUUUCAACGUCAGAUGAGACCGGAGAUGGAAGACCUCAAAAGACUGCUAGCAAAGACCACAAAAAGGUGGAGGACUUUGAGGGAAUUUUUGGGGUUUGAUGGAACACAGAACUUGCCGGGUUGCUCCAUGACAGAAGACUUAAUGGAGUUCUCAGUUGCAUUUCAUCCCACAGCAGAAGCCUUGAGAGGAGCCAUCCAGCUCGGCAUUGGCUACACUGUUGGCAAUAUGACCUCCAAACCAGACAGAGAUGUUCUCAUGCAAGACUUCUACGUUGUUGAGAGUGUCUUUCUCCCCAGUGAAGGCAGUAAUCUGACUCCAGCUCACCACUACCCUGACUUUCGGUUUAAAACGUACGCCCCUCUGGCCUUCCGUUACUUUAGAGAGCUCUUUGGGAUUAAACCAGAUGACUACCUGUACUCAAUUUGUAAGGAACCUCUGAUUGAGCUGUCAAACCCUGGAGCGAGUAGUUCAUGGUUUUAUUUAACUAGUGAUGAUGAGUUCAUCAUAAAGACUGUGCAGAACAAAGAAGCUGAAUUUCUACAGAAAUUACUGCCAGGUUACUACAUGAAUCUGAAUCAGAACCCGAGGACGCUCCUACCAAAGUUUUACGGGCUCUACUGUAUCCAAUGUGGCAGUGUUAACAUCCGAUUGGUUGUGAUGAACAAUGUUCUGCCCCGUUCUUUGCAAAUGCACUACAAAUAUGACUUAAAAGGCUCCACGUACAAACGCAGAGCCUCACGGAAAGAGCGUUCCAAAGCAUCCCCGACAUUUAAAGAUCUGGACUUCCAGGAGAUGCAUGAAGGGCUUUACUUUGAUGGCGACACAUACAAUGCCCUAAUCAAGACUCUCCAGAGAGAUUGUCGGGUGCUGGAGAGCUUUAAGAUCAUGGAUUACAGUUUGCUGCUGGGCAUCCAUGUUCUGGAUAAGAAGAUGAGGGGGAGAGGAGGCAGAGGGGACAGUAGGCGUCAGGGUGGACAGAAGGUCCUGUACUCCACAGCUCGGGAAUCAAUUCAAGGAAAUGGCAAAGCUGCCGAGCUCCUCGCUGACACUGAUGAUGACACAAUGGGUGGCAUCCCUGCUAAACACAAAGAUGAGAAGUUGCUGAUCUUUUUGGGCAUCAUUGAUAUCUUGCAGUCUUACAGAUUUAUAAAGAAAGUUGAGCACUCGUGGAAGGCUCUUGUGUAUGACGGCGACACAGUAUCUGUCCAUAGACCAAAUUUCUACGCUGACAGAUUCUUGAAGUUCAUGGGCAGCACAGUAUUUAAAAAGAUUCACCCUCUCCGGGGUGCCUCCUCUAGAAGAAAGAAAAACUCCAUCUAUGUGUGUAGAUCGGCUUCCCAGGAAGUUCUACCCACAUUAAAAGAAGACAGUAAACAGGAUAGGAGGGCGCAAAGCCUCGAAAACCUUGAUGACUUAGAUACAAACUCCGCACAGAAACCUGAUGUUAUUCCAAGCUCCACCAGCAUGGAUCUAGCCAUUUCAGUGAACACCAUUUCUUCUUCCUCCUCUAUAGAUGAUGUUAAAGUUGAACUGGAUACAGAUUCAGACAGCAGAGAUGAUCGUAGAACAUCCAGCUCGACUCUUGCAUUGGAAGACAGUGCUCUUCCGACCUCAAACUCACAUGCGAGCACACCUGAGUCUGCCCUGGAUGUCUAUUUGGUCAGUCUUUGUCAUGUCAAGUCAAAUUGAUGCGUGAAGUCUCCUGAAGUGUACCAGGUCAUCAAAACAUCUACAAAACUGAGAGGCAGUGAACAUAUUUUAUAUAUGUUAUAUCAUUAAGAAGUCAGUUCACUUGGUAAAGGCAAGGCUUGCCAAAUGCUGUCUCACCAGUCACUCAGAAUUUUGCACAGUGGAUUUCUCUAGCUGCUAAUACAUAUUGUACUGAGAGAGACCUAGCGGAGUGAUUGCCACACUGUAGUACUGCAGUGCUUUGUGCUGUCUGUGCACUUUGCACCCACUUGCGAGCACAAGUUUGUCAUAAAAUAUUAGUUACAGUUCCAUUAGACCUAUGUUUUGUAUAAUCACAUGAAUGCAUCAGUUGGUAUGCAUUGUAAACAGUGUGAUUACUGAUUAAGGAGUGUGUCCAGCAAAGAAUAUAUAAUUGAUUAAAUAUGAAUCAUUAUAUAAUUAUCUUAUGAGCACUCCUGACAUGCAUUGUGCGAGUAAAUAUUUAUAUCCAUUUAUUUUGAUUCCAGUACAGUGACUAGUGCCCAAACUAUUUCACAAUCAACACAAUGGAAUGAUGUAAUGGGGCGCAUCAUAAUGGUCAAUGUUACUUUUGUGAAAAGAUUAACAUGGGUUUGAUAGUGAAAGACUUUAAAUCUGUAAAAACUUGUAUUUAAACGUAAUAUAUUUUGAUUAGAUACACAUAAUUUAAAUGUACUAUGUAGAAUGUUCUGCAUGUUGUGCUAUUAAAUGCUGCAUAUUCACAA